CGACCUGCUAAACAAAUUCUGCUAUAUUUACAGGAGAGGAGUGAGUGAGUGAGCUAGCUGAUAACAAUGGAGCUUGUGAUUGUAAUUCUAGUGCUGUGCGGGUCUGUAUUAGGAGCUGAGGGCUGGGGAAUCUCAUCAGAGAAGAAGGUCCAGUAUGCCUCCUGGGAUGAAGUGAACGUGAUAGCCCACGGCUUGCUCCAGCUAGGACACGGUCUCAAGGAACAUGUGGACAAGACAAAGAACCAGCUGAAGGAGAUCUCGGGAAAGAUGAACCAGCAAAACGUUUCCUUGAUGGACCUCCUGAAGCAAGCUAAAGAGAUCAGAGAGAGCGGAGAGGCGAUGAAACUCAGGGUCCAGGAGUUAGAAGACAAGGACAAGCAACUCAAUGACUUGUCCCAGGGACUGAGGGAGACGGUGCAGGAGAUCAGCAGCGGGAGACAACAGCUGGACCAGAGGAUGCAGAACAUUGAGGACAAGAUCAAGGUUAUGGAACCUGUCAGGAGGCAGAACCGCAGUGAUAAGGAGUACCUUAAUAUCCAGGUAUGGGGUGAGGGAUGGCUGUGUGAUAUCAAACAUUCGAAUUCCAGGGGGAAUAGUAGCAUUCUUUGCAAGGACUGAUAUUAGGCAUCUACCUGCAAGUACAGACUCAAUGCACAUACCAGAUGAAAAAAUAAAUAAACAAAAUAGUAGGAGCUAUCAGGCAAAUUUUGGUAUUUCCAGCAAUCUGUGGAGAUGCUCCACAUAGGGAUUUUAAUAAAUACACAUUAUCAGAGUUAUUUACUGAAGUGAGAAUUCGAAGUGAAUUUCAAAUUUAAGGCUGAAGUUGAGAAUUUGUCCAGUUUGUCUUUAUUGACCUUAAAUGUGAGAUUCACUUUGAAUUCUCAUCUUGGUAAAUAAUCCUGUAUUUAUUCACUUGCAUGUGUGUUCCUAGCUAGUGCCUGACUGGGCAUGGCACAUACAAUGUGCAGAGACAUCACUCAUGAGGUGCUUGAAAUGGGGGAGACACACCCACCAUUUUGUUCCAGGACACAUAUCAAUUAUAUGCAUUGAUGGGCAAUAUGUGCAAGUGCAGACAUGUAGUAUUUAGAGGUCAAAUGCUGCAGGCAGUAAAUAAGGUGAUAGAUCAGUCAGGAAUCCUGGAGCAUAUCAAUUCUAUGUACUACAGGGUAGUAUUUUCAUGUGCUGAAAGUCAACAUGAUAAAUCCAGGAAGCUAUGGCUAAUAUGACAACUAUAAUGUAAAGGAUUACAUUAGGCGAUGCAGUAGCUAUGUGCUUCCCUAUGGCAGCAGCAAACGAAAACUUGGUCUAUAUAUAUAUAUUUGCUAUUGAUUUAGCAGCUUAGAUUAAACAGUGGAUCGUAUCCAUAAUUAACAAAACAAAUGUCAGCUUUGUUCUGGUCUCCAAAAAGGAGUUCCUGGACCUCAGGGUAGGGGUACAUUCCUAAGACCCAGGUAUUCUCUGAUGCUACCUUGCCUCCCUGAACCUCCCUUCCAAACCGUGCUCUAUCAAGUCCUCAAAUCUGGCUUAGAAGCACUGUAAGCAUUCUGUACCCUCGUAGUCCUCCCCACAGUGACAGUGGCCCCACAUAGUCUGCGCGCAGUAAGCUGGCUUUCAAGUCUCUCCAAAAGUCUGUGGUACAGGAGCUUCCGUCACACAGACCUUGACAGUAAAUGAGUUGAUAGUAUCCUAAAAUGGUACCAUGGACCCAUUAUUUAAUAUAUAACACCUACCGACCUACCUAAAUUGACCUACAUCUCUCUGUCUUUGGAGAGUGCCAAAGGCUGGUGUAGGUCAUUAGAUGCAGAUCACUGUUAGCCAUAGUCAGAGUUAGUAGACGACCUUGUGAAUUGCAUGGUACCUUAAGUGAGUCUCAACCCAAUAUUCUUUGCAAUAAAAAUUAAUUAGUCCUAAAGAGUUCACAGAAAUUAAACAAUAACUUGUUCCUUUAAAUAGGGCACACGAGCUGCCAGUGCCAUUUAUAUCAAUCCAACCAUCUCAAAACUUUUCUAAUAGAUAUUUAUUAUUUAUUUUAAAAUUUAUAUUUAUUUUAUUUGAAAUGGGCUAUGUAUCAAAUAUGCAAAUAGCAUCGCUGGUAUUUAAAGUAUUUGUAUAAACCUAAAAAUUAUACAAAGUUUGAUCCUGAGACUGUACAUCUUUGACUUUGAAGCAGUGAUAAUAUAUAUGCAUCAACAACCUCCCCACCCCCCUUCACAAUUUGCGUUAUUUUCUACUCACACACUGUGAAACAAAGUCCAGAGUGAUCUCCGCUAGUGGGUUAUGAAAAUUUGGCAAUUCCAAAGAGCAGGAACUGGUUUGUUUACUGCCCUUUAACACAGCAACUUGCUCCUAGUUCCAGCGUUGUGUGCAAAACAAGUAAAUACUGUAAUAUUGACCACUGUACUUAACCCUUACAUCUCCAACCCAAUAAUUACACCUUACCAAUUCUUCAUAUUUACAGAAUUCUCUCUGCGCUGGAUUUUUAAAACUACAGAAUCGCAAGGACAUAGUUAGUAGCACAAUCAUAUUCACAAAUGUAGUAAAGCACAAAUCAAUUAAAUAGAAACAAAUCCAUAAACUCAUUGCCCAAUACACUGACAAACUACCAAAGAAUAUCAUACACAACAAAAUAUGUAUCCGGUGCAUAUUUUGCAAAGAGUAUUGAAUAUCAUCCCUGAGUAUGCAUUUCAUACAUGCAGUCCCUAAUACAGGGUAUUUGCAGCUGUUACUUUAACGCUUUAAUUACACAUGACAGUGAUUUUCCGUCAUGCAGGCAUUUUACUUCUGAAGCUGUAACUUUAAGGGGUUAAGCAGAAUAAAAGUGGAACUACUUGCUAAAGUGCAGUCUAAAUUGUAAUUGAAACCUGGAGAUGGUACACAGCAUCCCCCGUUCUGCACGUACUGCAUGUACGGUGCUGUGACGUAAUGACUAUUGAAUUACACUGGAUGUGGGGAGAAGCAAGUGUAAGAAACUUGAGAUGUUUCAUUAGUCACUAGUCUUUCAAUAUUGUUCUCUGUGAAUUGAUUUUCCGUUCGGUACCCUUCGAUAUGAGUGCAGACGUCUGCAAAAACCUAGACAUCUAUUUUAUAUACAUCUAAAAAUAGGAUUCUGCUUAUUGCCCUGGCUUUAAUAAACCUUUUAUUAGAAACAUACGUGAGCUCCAGUGGUGUUUUCCUUAGUGUUUUUUUUUUUUUUUAAACGAAAGGGAAUUUUUGCAAAUUGAACAAGUUUUUUUUUUUUUCCCUGCUAUAUUCUCAACUGGCCUUUUUGCAUUCACUUUUCAGAUUCAAUUCACUAUUACACGAUUAAACAUCUUCAGGGUAUUUACCAAGCUCUGAAUUUGUCAAGGUGAAUUUGAGGAAAAGCAUUUGGUGACGUUGGUUCUUUUUUGAAGAUAACUUAUGGAAUUAUUUCAGUAGAUUUACGAUUCUUCAUAAUUUACUGCCUGCAAACUGAUCUAGACCAGAUCUUUUUUUUUAAAAACCCCAUCUAAAUUAGAAUUAUUGACCGUAAACUUGGUCAGGACUGAAUUGCCUAAUGAGUCCUGAUUGCUUUUAUCUCUAAUUAAUAAAUGUUUUCUAACGAUUUGCCUGUUCCAACCGGUGCUGACCCACUAAAACAGCAUGGGGCCACCAUUUUGGGCAGUGACCUGGGGGUUAAGAACAUCUGUUUAAGCUGUCUGAAAACAGUUAUGGUAACUUGAAAACAGAGCUUCCAAUGGAAGUAAAACAGACACCAACAGAGAUAUUUACCAAAGUGAAAAUUCAAAGUGACCAAACUGAAAGCAUAGUUUUUAUAUUUCGGCUAUUUUGACCUUAAAAUUGAAAUGAACUUUGAAUUCAUACUUUGGUAAAUAACCCUACCAGAUGUAAACCCAGAUCUUCACACAACCACACAAAGUAUGAUAUUGUCAUUUAAUGCCUGUUGCUAGAUAUAAAAUAGCAGCUAUUUAUUGUUCUUUUUCCAUUGCAUACGUAACAGGGAGAGAAAAAUAUCUAGAUAUGUAUUACUGUAUGGUCUAAAUGACUUUGUUACAAAGUGGACUAAGGGAUUAAAUAUCAUUUUCAUAAUUACUUUGCUUAUAUAAUUGUGCCAUGCUCCGAUUUCUUUCAGACAUUAAUGGAAACCCAGAACCAGAGGAUAAAUGAGCUACUGGAUAAGAUUAAAUUGCAACAAGUCAAACUGGACAAACAGAACCAACAAAUUAAAAACUUACAAACCAAGGUAAGUGUAUCAGUGAAUCUGUGAAAAAUGCUAUGUGACAUAUGACAUGUGUAUCCAAAUAGUAUUUAGAGUGCUGUCAGGAAGGGCUACUUGCCAUGCAGUGACCAUGGGUAGAGUGAUAUAUCUAUUGUACAGCGCUACAGAAUUUGCUGGCGCUAUAUAAAUAAUAAUAAUAAAAAAAUAAUACUAAUAAUAUUAUGCAAGGUUUAAAGGGACACUGCCCAAACACAGAAAUAAAUACUAGUCAGAGCAUAUACCCCAAAUGAAAAUGUAUAUGCAUUUAAUUAUGCAUUUUUUUCAUUUGGGGUAUAUACAAAUAAAAUUUUUUUUUGAAAAAGCUGCAGAUAUCUUGUCUGCAGCCUUUGCAAGCCCACCCCCUCCCCUUUCCCGAGCCCAGACUGUAGGUGUCCAAUCACAGACUUCACAAUUCAAAUAUCAUACAAUGUGUGUCUUUCUUUGUGAUUAUGCACUAUACAUUAUUGUAUAAUAUAAUACACUGACAUUCUAUAACUAGUAAGGGCACUUCCAAUUAGUCAUUAUGACUUGUUUUCUUGAACUUUUACAAUGCUAAAUACGUCAAUGUAAAAACCAAGCAUGGCGUUUCUGCUAUUAAUGUAUGGAACAUACAGCUAAUAUAACUAAUAUAUAAAUACAGUUAGUGCCUUAAUUAUUUAUUUAAACAAGGCAAGACAAUAAAUAUGGAAAUUGGAGUCUAUUAUUAAUGUAAUUUCUGUUGAUCAGUUUACUGACUUGGAGUCUGUUUCCCAGUCCAUUUUAUAUCCCUCCACCCCUGUCCGCUUACGCUUUGAAAACAGCAAACUACCAUCACACAAAAGUGUUUGGAGGCUAAUUGAAAAGAACUGUAAUAAUAGCAAUUAGACGUGAACGGCGUAAGUCUAAUAAGUGGCGUUUUUUUUUUCGUUACAGAUUCAGAGUGACAAAAUUGAGACUUACAAAUCAAAACUUAAUCUAGAUGAUAUUUCAACUGAAUUACAGAGUAACAGCAGUGCAGAGACUGAUUCAGAAAGUAAGUACCCCAAGUAAUCCAAGAGUGUUGUGCAUUUUUAUAACCUUGCUCAUGAACCUGGCACAAAACAGCAAUUUCAUGUACAUCAUGUACCUAUAAAAUAAAUAUAUAAAACUACCGCAUUUUUUAGACUAUGGGACACUGUAUAUUUACCCCAAAAUUAAGGUAAAAAACUUCCUGUAUCCUAAACUCCAACGGAUAUAUAUAUACUAUAUGGUAUUAUAUAUAUAGGCUUCUGUUAAAGAAGGUGAAGCCCGGGAGAGUCUAGUCUGCACCAACAACAGGUACAGACAGAGUAUUCCUCAUGUGAGCCCCAGCCAUUUAGAGCAUCUCAGUAUAUUACCAGGGCUUGUGAGAACAGCAUGAUAAGUCUGCACCUGUCUGAUGUGCAAGCUAGGGAUCGUCAUGUCCACUCUCCUCGGUUCAAGAUAAAUCUUAAAUAUAUAUAUCGCUCACCUCUCUUACCUCUAACUGUAAUUAGGACACUGGUUGUUUUAUUCUGUUCUUCAAAAUGUCUAGUUAAAAUAUAGGUGUGCUUCUUAUAUUUCAAAAAAAUACGGUAUGUCAAAUUUAUAGGAAUUCAAUUUCCUGAAUAUGUCCCACAAUAUAACUAACCAGUUGCAGACUAUUAACAUCCUCUGCAACAUAGGUUUAGUUUCAUUACAUUGCAUGCAAUGCAAGUCAUAAUUCGCUAUAUAAAGCUCACUUAUUUGCCCAUUUAAAGCAGUGCCCAUUAGAGCAAGGGUGCCCAAUAGGUAGAUCCCCAGAUGUUGUAGAACUACAACUCCCAUGAUGCCUUGCAUGCUUUUAAAAUGCCUUUAGAAUGACAAAGCAUCACGGAAGCUGUAGUUUUAAAAUAUCUGUGGAUGUACCUAUUGGGCACCCCUGCUCUAAAGAGCACUGGUUUAAAUGGGCAAAUAAGUGGGCUUUAUAUAGCGAAAUAUGUUUUGCAUUGUGUGCAAUGCAAUAAAACUAAACACAUGUUGCAAAGGAGGUUAAUAUUCUGCAACUGGUUAGUAUUCAGCUAUAUAUAUAUAGAUAGAUAGAUAUAUUCCACAUACUUAACACAAAGAGUUGUUUGUUUAGAACCAGAAGAAGUUGAUUUACUGCACAAAGCAAGGGUGCUUCUUUUCCUCUUAAAACAGACUAACAUGACAUUUGAGAUCUGUCACUUUCCUUUAUUCCUUUCAACACUUUUACAAAAGUCUUUAAUAUGAUGUCUACUGUAACACAAGCAUUAAAGGAAGUUAUGUCUGUAGUAUUUCCUCUGUCAGUUUCUUGCUCCGUCUCAUAAUUCUUCAUGACAAGCAGAAAGUGAAUGAAUAGCAUGCAUGGACGUAAAUAUGAUCUCCACAUGUUCUGUAGAGUAUGUUUUAAGGAUUAUAACCAGUGCUUGGAAAUAUCAUUCAGUUUUUACAACUGAAAUACCCUAACAGUAAUAUCAUGCUUAACACGAUAAUGCUGAUAUGUGCCUCAAAAGAUAUAAAGUAUCAGCCAAGUUUAAAACCACGGUGUUUCAUAAAUAGUGACCAGGAAUGGUAUCAGUGGAGAUAAAGCACUGACCAGCAUGCACCAAUAACUUAAAGAGACACUAACAUUCAUGUGGGUCACAAUAGUUUGCCCUCUUACUGGGUCCUUGCAUAGGAUCUGAGGUUCCUAGCUUCACUACUGAUGUUCUUCCGACUUCUGCUGAGCUGCAGAACCCAAUUCAUUUGCCAUUCAUUGUCUGAGAGUGUCAGCUGACCGCUCUCAGUUAAUGAAUGACACAUUGUGCAGAAAAAAAAAAUGCACAGAUUUUACAUUACCCAACCAGGAUCAGAGCUGGGCUGGCUAAUGACGCCUUCAUGGCGCGGGCGCUGGGGGUGCUGUUACAUCCCUAGAAGCUAAGGGGUUCAAUUCUAUUUGUGCAGCUUUUCAAGUCGAAAUGCUGUCCAGCCACCAUAACCACUUUAAAUGACUGAAGUGGUCAUGGUGCUUGGAAUAAACCUUUGAUUCCGUAAUAUAUAAAGCAGUACGAUAUUACCCACUUGUGUCUUCAGGGUCCCUAACUCCAUUAAUGCUGAUGUACUUCAUAGAAACCUCUGUUUUUCGUAUUACCUUCUGACUAGGCAGAUUCCCCACAUCCUCAAUAUUGCCCUUUCCUUGUCCUUAACAGUACAGUUUAAAUACUGUACAAAGACCCUGCUGUUUUCAUUGUAAGGAAGUUACAAAAGCCAGUCUUGUCACGGAGCCAAGUGUGUGAAAGUUGAAGUUUCAUGUAUCAGUGGUUUAAUCACCUUCAGAGGAUGGAGAGUCUCAGCCUUCUUGCUGGAAACGUUUGGACGGGUUCCAACUGUGCGAAAGUUCAUCUUUGCAGGAUUAUAGAAAGAUGUUAGACAUUCGUGUUUCUAAUAGCAAGCACACACAUAAUUUGUUUGCUCGCAUACCCCAUUCAUAUUACAUUCCUCUUGUUUCUAGUUAUUGACAUAGGCAGCAACAUAACUUCUUUAAAAAUUUAAUUUUUUUUAUUGUACAAUUGAACUUGGUUCAUUUUUACCCCAAUAAUUUUGGGUGUUAUUACUGUAUCAGUAAUACACCAAGCGCCUAGAGGACCAUCUGUUUGUGUCCAAACACGGACAGUGCCAGGAGCAUGGUGGCACCAUAUCUAUUGCAAGGAGCUAUAGGGAUUAUUUGAUAUAUGUCAGAUUUUAUAUAUCUGACUAAAUCACCACUUCUAUAAUUAGCUAAGGAUUAACCAUUUGACAGUACCUGAGAUAUAGGGAUUAUGUUAUAUAUUUCAGAUUUUAUAGAUCCGUCUAAAUCGCUGUUUCUAUAAUUAGCUAAGGAGUAAAUACUUUGACAGUACCUGAGGAAUUUUGCUAUCAAUUACUUGUUAAUGUAAUGAUUAAAGGAUUACUCCAAUCCUUUUUAAUAUUUAUGGGUUUUUUAAAAUGAAUAAUUACCUAUUGGGCUGUAUUCUAUAGGUCCCUACUCCCUAUAACUAAAAAAAUAAAAUAAAAGCCUUUGAUUGGACCAUUUAACCGGCUCAGAGCGCAUGCUUACACUCUGAACUGUCAAGGGUUGGAGAAAAAAACUGCACUAAUUUUGAGGCGUCUGCACAAAAAAUGGGAGGGAAGAGAAGCCCAAUAUAUACGUUGUCAGUGUGCAGUGCGCGCUGACCACUGAUGUAUUUUAUGCAGAUAAUUGACAUAUCGAAGUCUUGAACUGAUUUUUCGGGCUGUCAAAAUCACGAGUGCGGGGGGUGCAACUAGUCCCCGGUGCACAAUUGACAAUAUCACAGUAUGUGCAGCGUUUCAAGCUGAAACACUGUAAAAACUGACUCCUACCACCAUGACCACUUCUAGAAACAAAAGUGGUCAUGGUGGAUGGAGUAACCCUUUAAAUGAAAAGUGUCACUGACUUUCUGAUUUUUUUUUAUUAUCAUUAUUUAAUGAUUUACUUUGCCCCUGAAUUACUGUACAACAUACAUAAUCCUCAGUUGGAAUUAAUAAUGCAAAAGUUCUGAGAAUGGAAUGACCUCAUGUUACAGCAAAAAAUAGUUUUGCUCUUUGUGGAUUUUUUUUAAACUAGGUAAAAGUUCACAUUGCUGUGUGGGUGUACAGAGGGAGGACUGAAUGAGCUUAUUAUCCCCCUGUUCUUCCUGGUCUCAGAAUUCCCUGUGUAACCUUUCCCCUAGUUUUCACUUGCUGAUGCAAUAUUUCUGCAUGUGUCACACAUACCAUUCACACAUUACAAGUGAAGACCUUGUCAAAUACUAGAACAAUACUCUCAAUACUCCGAUAAAGACAUUCAUAUUUUUUUAAUGUAACAACAGUUUAGAAAAUAUAACGCUUAGAAAUACAAAGAAUUAUACAAAGUGUUAAGAUACAUUUUGCAAUCUACAUAAUAUAUAUAACAUCUACAUAAUAUAUAUAUAUAUUUGUGACUUAAACUUCAUUGAACACAUUUCAGAUCAAUGUCUGAAACGUAGCAUGACUGAUUUUUUCAUAAAAUAUUCUGUGUGUAUUAUUAUUAUUUUAUUAUUUAUAUAGCGCCAUCACAUUCCGUAGCACUGUACAGUGGGUGUAUAACUUUGUACAGCGCUACGGAAUCUGAUGGCGCUAUAUAAAUAAUAAAAUAAUAAUAACAUACAACAAUAUGUAAUACAUAUUUAUAAAUGCACACCAAACAAGCUAAUUCAUGUAAUAAAUUUAAAUCGUACAAAAUUCACACAUGCCGACAUAUUUGGCAAAUUGCAAAUGUAGUAGACACAUACCAGACAACAUUGGUAAUCUAUCAAGGCAAAACAGGUGCUAUUUUGGAGCUAAAUAUGAGACAUUUGAUUGAUUUCAAUAGUGAUUGCUACUUAUUCUUGCUCCAGAAUAGCACCAGUUUUGUUAAUUCUAUAGUAUCCUAGUCACUAUUUAGGUGACCUCCCCCCUCCCAUAAGGGUUAAAAUAGUACUAAUUACCUUUUUUUCAGAAACCACGCUGCUCUCUCUGCAGCUAGCCCCACCUUCUUGACCGAGAUAAUCUAUUUUGAUGAUCUCAGCCAAUCAAACGAUUUCCCGUAGGAAAGCAUUGGGAGGCUACAGCACAUGCAUGGCAAAACACCCGUUGCGCCAAUCAGAUGGUCUCUAUGAGACCAUCUAUUUUAAAUAGCCAACCUUUACAUGGCAAUUUCUGCAGAAGUGUCUCUCAUGGAAGUCAUGCAUUUAAGAGGCAUUUAAACCAUGUAAUGUAAACAUUGAGGUUCCUGCAGAAUAGAGGGGUAAAAAACAAGAGGGAUAUCGUUCCAAGACCAUUUCACUGACAUAAUGUUGUCUGGGUGCCUAUAGUAUCCCUUUAAAUAGUAUUUAAAAUAUAUGUCAGUGACCGUUUACACUGCACAGAGUUAAAGUUAAUCUUCUUUUUCUUGGUCUUUAAGCCCUUAACGACGAGUGACGGACGAGGUCUGUCACUCAGGGGAUUGCCAUAACGAUGAGUGACGGACCUCGUCCGUCACCGGUUAAAAUUAACCCCGGAUCGCCGCUAUCGCAGCGAUCGCGGGGUUAAUGGUGCUCCGGUCUGCCUCUGUAUUCGAGGUUACAGUGGCAGUGCCUCUGCCACUGUAACUUCACGAAAUAGUGCCAAAGACAUACAAUGGGGGUGUCAUUUUACUCAGAAGAUGUAACUGAACACAAAGUAAAACUUUGUACAGGAAUAGCACACACCAACUUUACAAAAUACACAUGAUAAUCUUUGUUAUAGGUUUGUGUGCCAAAAACCAAAAAAAACACAAUUUUACUCCAAUAUUUAGCAGAGGUUGGCGGUGAAAUGGCUACGUAGAAAGUGUCAAAACCACCUUAGGUAAACAGCCUGUGAUGUCUACUUUAUAUAAAUAUAUACUUUUGUGGGGCAAUUUUGUUUUCUUUUAUGGCUAUUAAGCUUACAAGACAAACAUACCAAAUUCUAAAAUCGCUCCACAUUAAAAGUUUAUUUUACUCCUUGUGCUUUGUGACCUGUAACUACCAAAAAAAAACUUAAAAUCCCAGACACAUUAUAUAUUCUGUAAAUCAGAACAACUAAAUGAAUUUAUUUUUAAUUACUUUCCUUAACCUGCACUAAUUAUGCACACAUUAUUAUUGCAAAAACUGUAAAAAAAAAACACAAAAUUUUAUUUUUCUUUGCAUUUUUCUGUAUUUUCUUUAUAAUAAAUAAGCAUAUAUAUAUAUAUAUAUAUAUAUAUGUGUGUGUGUGUGUUACAUCAAAUUAAAGCCCUUUCUGUCCUUUAAAAAAACGGUAUAUAAUAUGUGUCGGUGCAAUAAAUUAGUAAAAUGCAAAUUGCAGUUGAACGCAAACAGCAAAAAAUGAAAAAAAUGCUGUUGUCAUUAAGUGAAAGACAAGCUUCUGAAGCUCUGUCCUUAAGGGGUUUACACCAUGUUUCAUUUUGAUUACAAGCUACUCUCAGAAUGUAAACACAAGUCAGACAUUCCUCAUCUGGGCAAGAACAGGGUGGUAGCCUUGGGAUUUGGGUGAGAGUUCAUAUUUACAACUUCACAGUAUGAAAAACACACCGAGCUCUUAGAAAUCUGAGCCCUAAGCACACGGACGAGUUAAACAAAACAGACAUGGGUAACCCUUUAUGUUGAAACAUUGAGCUUUAUGUUGAAACACUACGUAUAUAAUUUCUUCAUAUAACCAUGUAAUUUCUGAAGACAUAUGCUCAUUAAAUGUAGAAUUCCCUUUCCUUUAAGUAACUAAAGGCAAUCCAAAAUGAACAUAACAUAGAAAUAUAUAAUGGACUUUGAAUUCUUUGUUUAGGUUAGCAAUGACUUUGGGCUAUAUGUGAAACUGGCCUUGAAUGUACAAACAAAAAUGGACUUUAGUCACUAUACAGAAACUGUGUUGUGUUGGCAUUUCAAAGUACAGGGAUCAAAGGUGGGAAGGUGGAAUGUCUUGUAACUAAUUAAAGUUGGGAAUAGACCUGGAAGUAUCCAAUGAAACAGCAUUCUUUAGAGGUGUGGAUAUUGAUAAUAUGCUUACGUGUACAGUAAAAUUUGUAAAACAACAACUUUCCUUUUUUCAAUGUUUAGAAAUAGCUGGCACUAAUCCAUACUUAGCCUAAAAAGUAUACAAUAUGUAGUACCCCUGAAUUAUCUCCAGCACAAUUUAGAAGUUCAUCUUAUGCAGUAGCCCCUGGUGUCCAGUAUAAAAUGCUAAAAGCAUUGAAGAAUGCAAUCUGAUUUCCUUGGCAAAGUCAUUCAUACAAAUCUGGCUGGCACUGAAUUUAUUUGAAGUUUAGAUCUGCAUUUUUAAGUCGUAACUGACCAAUACUAAAUUUUAGCCAACAAAAAAUCUUCUGAAAGAACCUCAAAAUGGCAACUAAGCAGAUACUUUUGGAGACAUCCAGAAAUCUAAAAAAAAUGACUAAUGUUGAAUGUUUUAAUUGCUAUUCUCAUAACACCUUAACUUACUUUUUGGUUUGACAAGAUAAAUGUCUAAUAAGAGACCCUUGUCUGUUUCCAGGUCUACCUUCUGAUUGUCAUCAGAUCUUCCUGAAAGGCGAAAGGUCCAGUGGAAUCUUCACAAUUCAGCCACUGAAGGCACAGCCUUUUGAAGUCUUUUGUGAAAUGACUGCUGGUAAGUUCAGUACAAACUCUUAAGUGAUUUAAAAAUCACUUUAAAAAAACAGUUUGUUCUAGCAUUGAUCACAUUUAUAUGUAUACUAAUAUAUUAUUAUGAAUAUGCUCAUGUGAGAAAAUUGGCAAAUCCUGAACUUUUUCUUUCAAUUAAAGAUUAAACAUGUCUGUCUUUUAUUAGAUGGAGGAUGGACGGUUAUACAGAGGCGCAAGGAUGGUUCGGUUGAUUUUGAUCAGCUCUGGGAAACUUACAAGAAUGGAUUUGGAACACUUAAUGGUGAGAAUGUAUAUAUUAACUUUAUUGCCAGAUCAUAGUUAUAUUUAAACAUAAACAUAUGAUUUAUAAAUCAAUUUUUGCAUUCCAAAAACAAAUUACAUUUGCAUGUGUUUUUUGACUAACAGAUGAGACAAGACAUUGUACUAUGUGGAUCCAAGGACAAAGUGGUUGUCUCCCUAUGAAAAAACAACUUUAAAAUGCACAUGUAACACACAAAACUUUAACAAGUGCAGGAAAAGGGAAAUUUUACAUCCGCGGGUACACCAAAACCAUUACAUUCCCAAACUGAUAAACUCAACCUCUCUCAGAUAACUUAAUCCACUGUGUAGAAUAUAGCCCCUUACGCUCCAAGUAUUGAUUUUUUUCUAAUUUAUACUUGUAAUUCUAUAUAUCCUCCAUUCUAAUACCGCCAGUUUUCAUUUAUCAUCUCCGUGCACAUUUUCCCCUAAUUCUCAUUUCAGUGACAUUUAACCAAAUCCUAUCCCCUGCCAACUUCAAUAUUUUGUUUGUUUAUACACAAACACAUUCACUCUCUCAAACAAAUACACUACACUAUACCUAUUACAACAUCAAACUCCAUGCCAAUAGAGAACAGAGAACUUAGGGAUUUUCACCUCUAAUGGGAAGUAUGUGACACAGCCUUGGUUGAAGUAGCAAAGUCGUAACAUAAUAGUCCUGUCCCCUUACUCUAUAUUCCCUUUCACACUGAUUGUUUGCCGCAAUGGAUCCAUGUUUAACAGGCACUUAGACCUGCUCCUACAAUGCCACCAAUGCAAGAGAGAAGGGAUAUAGUAUUAUUUUUGUUUCUUGGCCAACUCCUGCUGGUGUCAGCCAGAUGGCUGGCACCUGUUUUAGGAUUUUCCUGAACUAGGUCCAUCUCCUUUAACUGCAGGCUUGGUCCAAUAGACCCACUGGGAAAAAAUAGGUCUGGUUAACAUUUAGAUGUCUAUAAGCAAAGUUAUAAGCAAAUCCUGAAUGAUUAAAAUCAUCACUGGACUAAUAUGGCUACAAUCUCUACUUAUCUUUCUUUAAGCAAAGCAGUUAAUAUUUAAGACAAAUAUGAUUCAAUUUUGUAUGAUUUUAAACAUUGCAAUUUUUAGAUAUCGAAAUGUCCUAAAAUGGCCUUGAGAGUACAUAGAGAGAUAGAGGCAAAGUGUAGCAUUUUCCUAAUGGCUCACCUUUGAGUUUUUAGGUAAUUACUACACUUUAUUUUACAUUUCUCUGGAAACUAGAGCAUUAAACACAAUUUUACAAUAGUAUCUCCCACGGAUAUAAAUUUGAAAGUGAGUGUUUUAUUUUGCAGGUGAGUUCUGGCUUGGACUGGAGAAGAUAUACCAAAUAAGUGAGCAGGGUCAGUAUCUCUUACACAUUGAGCUGGAAGACUGGGAGCAAAAUACUAAAUAUAUGGAAGCCCCAUUUCGUUUGGGAGGUUCUAGCACAGCCUAUGCCCUCCAGAUUGUGGGGCAAGUGAACGGAGAACUAGAGAACGCACUCAGUGUUGGUCGACAGCAACCAUUUACCACUCGUGACAGAGAUCAGGAUCUAAAGUCUGACAUCAACUGUGCUAAACAUCUUUCAGGUAUGAAUAUUCUUUCACAAAUAAUAAUAAUAAUACAAAUGGUAAACAUGUUGAAGCUUCUAAAAUAAUCAGUGUAUAAUGCCAGAUCUAAAUGAUUUACGGCCACUCAUGUUGGUAAGAUCUAUAUAACUGAAACAACAUCAAACCAAAGUUCCAUUAAAAAAAAAUUAGUAUGAAACUCAUUUUAAUUUGUUUACUUUUAACUAUUUCCUUGCUACAUAAAAUUUUUGGAUAUGGUAGGAUUGUUUGAGGACAUAAAAUUACAUAUAUGUAGUUUAUACUAAACAUUAUCAUUUUCUUUUUAGGAGGAUGGUGGUUCAGCACAUGUGGUCAUUCCAACCUAAAUGGCAAAUAUUUACACUCUAUUCCUCGGCAACGACAUGAACGAAAACAGGGAAUCUUCUGGAAAACUUGGAAGGGCAGAUAUUACCCGCUGAAGUCAACUUCCAUUAAAAUUCGGCCUCUUGGACUUAAGGCUACAGCAUAAAUACUUGAUGGCAGAGCAUUUAAUGCUACAUUAUACCCAGUUCCCACAGAGGCCAGGACCAAAGCUCAUUAGUGGAGCCUUUUGAGACAAGACUCAACAGAGAGGCUACUUACCUGCCACCCACCUUUGUUUUGCUGUAGAAAACUAGUAUGCAAUAACUUUAGCUGAGUUGAGUAGGCUAUAAUUUGGUGGGUUGAAGCUACUAGUUUUAUUUAGGCUCAUUAUUAAGACAAUUUUUUUAUUGUACGCUACAAACUAAUAUUUUGUCUCUAUUUUCAUGCAGUAGUUAGUUCAAAAUGAAUGUCUAAAUGAAGUAGUAUUUUGGACAAAGAAUGGUGGUUUUCUAAGUUGUCCAAAAACUGUUAUUGUACCACAUUUGAGACUCAAUGUUGAAGAAUGCUUCCCAAGUCUGAGUGUAUGUAAAAUAAAGGAUGCCAAAGAGAUUUAAUGUGGGAUUAUAGCAUAAUGCAUGGGCUGGGUUAUAAAAAAAAAUCAUCUAAAUGCCAUAAAAUGCAUCAUUAGCUCUGGUACGUAGUCAUCCUUCUUUGUACAGAAUGUAUGGAAGAUGACUUGCCUCUCGGUACAUGAUAUGCAGUUUUGUUAAUUGAUAUCUAAAUGUCCUAAAACGGCCUUGAGAAUACAUAGAGAGAGAUUGAGGACAAGUGUAGCACUUUCCCAAUGGAGAGUUAAUUGAUCUACAUCAUUAAAAACCUACACAAUCAAGAUAAUGAAACAUCAGUUGUUAACAGUAUGUUUUUAAUUAAAAUAAUUAAUUGUUAAACGUUUACCACAGUUGCCAACUGUGUCUACAUGAGAAGAUGUUGAAUUUUUCAGGAAACAAAGAAAAAGCACAUUACUGUACAGAAUUGUUAAUAUGGUCAAAUGUCUGUGGGUCACUGAAAACAAAAUAUUGUUACACUUAAAUCUUGCUGCUACGAUGCAGUUAGAAACAUUCGGUCAUAUUGACUGAUUUAAAAUGGGACCAAAAUUUGAAGAAAAAAAAUGUAAAUAUUGCUUUUGUAGUAUACCUUUUAUUUGUUUACUAAAUCUGUCACUUAAUGUGUCUGUAUAUUUAAAUAACUGUAAUUUAUCAAUAUUUGUGAAAAAAAGCUAUUUUUCUUAUAACAUUCUUUUGUAAUUGUUUUUUUUUCCUUUUGACUUUUAAAUAAAAUACUGAAACAUUU